AUGGGCAUACCUUUGGAUGAAGCUUCACUCUUAGCUUUGUUUCUAGAAACUUUGUUUUAUGGCGUGUUCUUGGUAUUGUACUGCUUAACACUAUUCGUCCUGCUCAAGAACACUGGCUCAAAUCGGCGACUACUCAUCCCAAUCGCAACUGUGCUGUUCUGUAUGGCAACGGCUCAUCUAAUUGUUGAUUUUGUUCGAAUUAUGGAGGCAUUCGUAUUCAAUGUGGGCAAAAUGAGUGCAAAUGCCUACUAUGCUAACCUUGCGUCGCCAUUGGAAUACGCAAAAACUGUACUUUACGUUACGCAAACCAUUCUCGCUGAUUGCGUCCUUGUUUGGCGAUGUUACGUACUUAACCACAGAAGUCUCUUCGUCGCAAUCCCUGGUCUAAUCGUGCUGUGUACGAACACUGUGACUGGGUACAUCAUCGUGUGGUCCCUUUCCAAGGCCAACAGUUCAUCCACCGUUUUCACCACUGCUCACUCAUGGAUCACCACAUUCUUCACGUUGACUAUGAUUACAAGUGUCACCUGCACUUCUUUGAUCGCUUGGCGCAUCUAUCACACUCGACGUUUCAUGUCAGAUGGAUUUGCGAUGUAUUUACCCAUUUUGAUCGUCAUUGUGGAAAGUGGCGCUAUAUAUGCGACGGGCGUCCUUUCGAUUCUUCUGGCAUACCUGUCCGGAUCCAAUGGUCAAUAUACCGUGCUGGACGCUGUGUCUCCUACUAUGGGAAUUGUAUUCUGCCUCACCAUCCUGCAAGUACACUUCCAAGUAGGCGGCAAGUCCAUGAUGACACGGUCCCUUGAACCAAGGGGCGCCAAUAGUGGCUCUUCAGAGAGCCAGGAGACAGAGAUCAUUCAUGCCAGCAUGAUGGAUGGGAAUUAG